AUGGACACCCGGGAACUGCGCUUCUCUCGUGCAAUGGCCUUUGCCAUCGAUGAGAUCAACAACAGCACAGAUCUUCUGCCGGGGGUCGCGCUUGGUUAUAAUAUCUAUGAUUCUUGUGCCUCAACCCCCAUGGCCGUGCAGGUGGCUUUCCAGUUUACAAAUGCCCCACCUUUGUAUAUUAACAGUAAAGUGUGUUCGCAAUCGGGAAAGGUGUUGGCUGUUAUUGGUGAUUCUGGAUCAACGCAAACCAUCAGCAUAUCACAAAUCAUCGGGCCCUUUGACAUUCUACAAGUUAGUCACUUCGCUACCUGUGCGUGUUUGUCUGACAAGACGCAAUACCCAAACUUUUUUAGAACCAUCCCCAGUGACCAUUUCCAGGCAGAGGCUCUUGCCAAACUUGUAAAACAUUUUGGGUGGACUUGGAUUGGCACUGUUCAGUCUAACUCAGACUAUGGCAACAAUGGGAUGGCGUCCUUUUUACGAGCAGCGCAAAAAGAGGGUAUAUGUGUGGAAUACUCUGAAUCAAUCACUAGAUAUGAUCCACAGAGCAAGACUCAACAGGUGGCUGAAGUGAUUCGCAGGUCCACAGCCACGGUUGUUGUGGCAUUUACAUCCCCAGGUGACUUGUGGGUUCUGCUUGAGGAGCUUACCGUACAUCCCUCUCCUCCUCGCCAAUGGAUUGGCAGUGAAGCCUGGGUAACCCAUUCAGAGGUUCAGAGAUUUCACCUAUGUGCAGGAGCGAUUGGAUUUGCUAUUCCACAAUCUAACAUACCAGGUUUCAAAGAAUUCCUUCUAGAUCUUCCUCCUGCCAAGGUGGCUGCUUCAAGCGUGCUUUCAGAGUUCUGGGAGGGUGUCCUUGCUCAAUUGAAAAGGGUGAAUUUCUCUCGUAAUGGUUACCAUGUCUCAUUUGAUGCCAAUGGUGACCCUGUGGCCUUCUAUGAGCUGAUUAACUGGCAGAAAAUUAAGAACGGUGGUCUGGAGUUUGUAACCGUGGGACAUUAUGAUGAGUCCCUUUCUCCUGGCCAGAAGUUCAAUAUCAAAAGGGAAAUCAGUUGGGCAGAUGGUGGCAUAAAGGUGCCUGUGUCCAUAUGCAGUGACAGCUGUCCAACAGGAACACGCAAGGUUCUCCAGAAGGGAAAGCCGGUUUGCUGCUAUAACUGUGUACCAUGUGCUGAAGGAAAGAUAAGCAAUACUACCGAUUCAUCUGACUGUUUCCCAUGUCCAAAUGAGUUCUGGCCCAAUGCAGAGAAGAACUUCUGUCGUCCCAAGUUUGUUGAGUUCCUUUCCUUUAAUGAGAUCUUAGGAAUUAUUUUGGCAGCAUUCUCUAUCGCAGGAGCCUGUUUGACCAUCAUUACAGCCAUAGUGUUAUUCAACCACAGAUAUACUCCAGUAGUUAAAGCGAACAACUCUGAGCUAAGCUUCCUGCUGCUCUUCUCCUUGACUCUGUGUUUCCUGUGUUCUCUGACCUUCAUCGGCCGUCCCUCAGACUGGUCCUGUAUGCUUCGCCACACAGCUUUUGGGAUCACCUUUGUCCUCAGUAUCUCUUGUGUUCUGGGCAAGACAAUAGUGGUGUUGAUGGCAUUUAAAGCUACAAUCCCAGGUAGCAAUGUAGCCAAAUGCUUUGGCUUAACACAGCAAAGAAUGACUGUAGUAUCUUUUACAUUUGUCCAAGUUUUGAUAUGCUAUUUGGUUGGUUCAGAAGCCUCCCUUCUCUAUCAAAAACCUGACUACCUACAAGGAGAUAAUCAUUUUAGAAUGGGCACCGACACCCCGGUUUUCCAGUCCUUUGGCACUGUACCAGACUACAAGGCAAUGUUGAAUAGGCGUGUCAACCAAGACAGCCCCUCAACAUCCAGAGCCACUGCUGAGAUGUUUGACAACCUCAGUGACCUCCACCAGCGAAAUUGA